UAUUCCCAGUUCUCUAGAGAAAUGCCCUGACCGCGGGCCCCAGUGAAGGGGCGGGCCUGUGCCGGAGGCCGGCCUCCGUGGAGGACCGUAGGGAUUGCGCUGACUGGAGCGCUGGGCGGAGCCUCCCGAGGCAAUCAAGACGCUUCUCAGGCCCCGGAUUUUCUGUGGAGCAGCAGGCAGGAAGUGGCCAGGUGCCGAGAGGGACAAAUUGGUGAAGGGAAAGGGAUCAGCCGACCUCGAGGGCCUCUCUGACCGGCCCCUUAGGGCCCGCGAGGCCUUGGAACUGGAGAGUGCUCCUGAGACAGGAGGAGGUGCCACCGCAGGAGGCGAAAUUCGAGGUUUUAUAUAAUUUUGUCCAGUAACUAAAAAGAGGCUCAAUUAUUUUCAGACCAUCAGUGACUCCGGUACCCAAAUCAGGAACGUGGAUCUAGGGCUUCUUUUAGUAACCUCUGCCUUAUAACCAACUGCAGAGUGUUACUUUUCCCAAGUUAUAAUAAAAACGUUUCCUCAAAUUCUGCCACAUUAUCAGAUAAUUGCCAAGAAAUUGAUAAGGCAGCUGUUAGACUGAAGGAAGACAGCGGCCAGCGUCCUCCCCAGAUGCUUUCUUUGAUUUGGGGGGGUUUCAGCUGUGCUGACCGCAAUUCUCUAUUCCACCUCCGAGGGUGAGAGGCGAGGAAUUCUGUGUGUGAGGUGUUCCUGUGUUUUCCCUAAGGUGCAUUACACUUAGGGACGCUGUUGUCCUCUGCAGGCAACUGGCUUUUCUACUGGAUUCAGAGUGUCAGUAAAUGUUUUGUUAAUGGAGUUGCUGGCCAUAAAUGUAUAAUCUAGGACCAAGCUCUUAUUCAGUAGUUUGGGAGUGUUUUAUAACUCUGCUUACCAGUCACAGACCUUGAAACGAGGCUUGACAGGCAACGAAUUUAUGUUUUACAAACAUACUUCAGUUUUAUCAGUCUAGGUACUGCACAAACUGGUUUUGUAUCUUGUACUAUGAGUAUGGGGUGACUUUCUUCCAGCAAAUAAGUCUCUUUUAUGGUGGCACUGGAUAUCCCCUCACUUUGGUUUUUCAUGGUGCACUUUUGCCUUUUUUGUCUAAAACAAUCUCUAACUUGGUCUCAGUACCAAGGCAAGAACAUAAGUACUCAGGAUAGUUAAGGAUGAAAGUACCCACAAAAAUAAAACAUUUUAUAGCUGCAAACAUCUCUAAACCUUUUAAUCAAAAUAUGUAUGAAUGGAUGUGCAGACCAAAGUAAGGACAUCAAGAUAUUUUUUAAAAUGAGUCAAGGUUAAAGGUGAUGUCCUUCUCUGGUAAGCAUAUUGCAGGUACAGUUGGAAUACCAAUACACAUUCUAUACUAAGCAAAAUCUAGCAGUUCUCUGCUCUCUGAAAUUUCUGUGCAGUUGUGACUUUCUCUCACCCUCCAAAUCAACAUUCAGUAAAUGAUUACUUUCAUUGUACUUACUAUAAGCACCUGGAAACAGGAGAGGUGGUUAGGAUGGAGAGAAAAAGUAAACCCAGUACCAUAAAUUGCAUAUCAACAGAUCAGAGUAUCAUCCCUAAUAAUUAGCUUUUCCGCAUGCUCUGGAAGUUUCAGCAAACACCUAAGGAAUAUUUUAAGAAUCCUAAUUUUGCUCAAAAAAAAAAGGGAGGCUUUAUUUUAAGAGUAGUCCUAAAUUUCUCUUAGCCUUUUGGCUACAUAACUAGUCCAUUAGUAUAACCAUAACAGGUUUUUUGUAGGUGCCAGGAAAAAGGGAAAGUCAAAUAACCAAAUAAAUCUGUAUCUAAUGAGGACAAAUUGGCUAACUAGGCUGUUAUCAGCUGUUUAAUAUAGAGUUGAUAAAAUUAUCUUCACCUAGGCAUCCUUGAGGCCUAAUUACAGAAGCGACCCAGUCCACACACCUAAAAUUUAUUUAAGAGACCAAGCCAGGGUCUUCCUGGCCUUUAGGAAGAGGACUGUUAUGGGGAAAUGUGUUCUCUGCUAGCUCUUCCCAGCCAUGGCUCUUGCUAGUGAAUUCCUCUUUUGGUCUUGUUGCUUUGCCUGGCUGUGUUUUUCUAUUAGCUUUGGUUCUCAGGCUUCUAACGGAGAAGCUCAGAUUGCAGCCGGUGCUGAGCUGGAACCUGAGGCUGAACCUUGGUCCUUGCUGCAGUCUCAAGAUGGAAGAGACAGAUCUGGCCUCCUUCCCUCUCCCUUCAAUGUUCCAUCUGAUGAGCAAGGUGGGACACGAAGGCUGCAGCCAGACUCCAGAGCUUUGCGCUACAUGAAGAGGCUCUAUAAGGCAUAUGCUACCAAGGAGGGGAUCCCUAAAUCCGACAGACAUCACCUCUACAACACUAUUCGGCUCCUCACACCCUGUGCCCAGCACAGGCAAACUCUUGGCAACCAGAUGACAGGAAUCCUUCCAUCACUGGACCUGCUGUUUAACCUGGAUAGUGUUCCUGCUCUCGAACACUUACUCAAGUCAGUCUUUCUAUACACUUUCAACAACUCAGUUUCUUUUCCCUCUGCUGUUAAAUGUAUGUGCAACAUGAUGAUAAUGGAACCAAAGUCUUCCAGCAAGACUGUCCCUAGAGCUCCAUACUCAUUUACCUUUAACUCAAAGUUUGAAUUUAGAAAGAAACACAAGUGGAUUGAGAUUGAUGUGACCACUCUCCUUCAGCCUCUGGUUGCUUCCAAGAAACAAAGUAUUCACAUGUCUGUAAAUUUUACAUGUGAGAAAGACCAGCUGCAACAUCCUUCAGCAAAGGACGGUCCAUUUAACAUGCCUCUUCUGGUACCCCCAUCACUGCUCUUGUACCUGAAUGACACGAGUGCUCAGGUUUAUCACAGGUGGUAUUCUCUCCAUUACAAAAGGAGGCCUUCACAGAGUCCUGACCAGAAGACAGGUCUGGCUACACAUCCCAUGGGAGAAGAGGCUGCUGAGUGUGGAAGAGCUUCCCGUCACCGGAGAGGUCAGGAAACUGCCAGUUCUAAAUUGAAGGAUCCCUUGGUUGCAGCUUCCUUCAAUCUGAGUGAAUACUUUAAGCAAUUUCUGUUUCCCCAAAAUGAGUGUGAGCUCCAUGACUUCAGACUUAGCUUUAGUCAGCUGAAGUGGGACAACUGGAUUGUGGCCCCGAGCAGAUACAACCCUCGAUACUGUAAAGGGGACUGUCCAAGGGCUGUUGGGCAUCGGUAUGGCUCCCCGGUUCACACCAUGGUGCAGAACAUCAUCUAUGAGAAGCUGGAUUCCUCUGUGCCAAGGCCAUCAUGUAUACCUGCCAAAUAUAGCCCCUUGAGUGUUUUGGCCAUCGAACCUGAUGGCUCAAUUGCUUAUAAAGUAUAUGAAGACAUGAUAGCCACCAAGUGCACCUGUCGUUAACAUAUGGUCCUCCAAACUAAAACCUUGAGCCUUUUUGAGCUAAGUAAAGGCUCUAUGCCUAUCUGUGCCUUCAGAAGAAAGCUUCAUGUGUCAAAUCUCCAAAUAAUGCAAUGUAAUGUGUAAGGCGGACGCCGUUGUAGAUUAGCAUACUCUGUGGUGCAUAUCAUUGUAAACGAUAGCUUUAGUUGUUUUCACUGAGACUUUAUUUCCAAAUUUAAAUGAAAUGUGAUUAUUUAGGACAGCUUGAAAAGUUCUUUUUCUGUUGGGUGAGUUUUUCUUUUCAUAGGAGUCUUGUUUUUGAUGUAAUAAAAAGUUAAUUAGUGUAAAUCUUGGAGGGAAUUUCAGCUUUAAAUAGACGAUUCAGAGUGCUGUACUCUUAUUUAAUGGAAGAAUAAAUUCCUGUCAAUGGCAUAAGUUUUCUGUGUGAACGUGUUUUUUAUUAAAGACAAUUUUUUUUUUUACUGGCCUUCUAAAAAGGAUCAUCAGGAAGAGAGAAAGUAUACCUAAAAGCUGGCCUUAGCUCAACUUUUGAUCUCUUUUUAGAGUGAAGGGGAAGCUGACCUCUCUACCUAAAUCCUGAUGAAGUGAGAUUCAUUAGGACUAAACAAUGUGCAGAAUCCAUUUCUGUUGUCUUAGUGUGAUUUAUACUCAGUAUACUAACUCCGCACGUUAGCUGGCUUAUAUAUAUCAAUUGAGUGACAUUAACAAUAUAAGAUUUGUCCCAUUUAUUUAAAGGAGAUUGUCUUGCAGAUUUUUUCAAGAAAAUGUAUUGUUCAAGAUUUUUUAAAUAUACUUUCUCAUUUAUGUAUUUAAAACCCCUGGCCCUGUGGAAGGAAGCCACAAAG